AUGUCGAUCAAAAGUGUGUUUUCUCUUCUAGUGGUUAUAUUAUGCACCACAGCCUCAGUUAAUGCUCAAUUACCGCAUUUUUCGUUCCCUUUUCCAUUUCCAAAUCCAUUUCAACCGAGUCCUGGUAUGCCUGGAAUUCCGGGAUUCCCUUUUAUAGAAAUAACCAAAUGUUGGUCAACAGUUAUGAAUAUGCCGGGAUGCUUUGCGGAGAUCAGACAAGCCGUGAUGACCGGUAAAUUUGACAGCAUAGGUCCAGUUUGUUGUAAAGAUUUACUAGAUGUUGAAGCUAACUGCACACCGAAUCUUCCCAUGAACCCGUUUUUCCCACCUAUGCUAAAACAACAAUGCGUCAAAAGUGCUGAUCCUCCAACCACCGCACCCUAG